AUGUGGACCGAGCACGCUCGCGAGCACGCACUACACAACUCACACCGCUAUGCUCGCCAAAUGGCCGGGGAAACGAGCACGAGUGAUAAUGGUGUCAAAUCGAAUAUCGUAAUCAUGUUACAUGAUCUGCCUAGGGCUGAAUUUUGUGGUCUUACAGUCCCCAUGGAUGCCUCGUUCUUGAUCUACUGUUUCAUCCAGCUCCACGACAUCAAGAUCGCCCUGCAGCUUCACCCCGCUGCCCCACCCCCUACAGAUCUACGCUCCACCACUAACUGCAGGCGAAGUCGCAAUCGCAGCAUGCGCAAACAGUGA